GCUCGAGCAGGAAUCGGGCUUUUUCUUCAACAUGAAGUAUUUCGAAGACCAGGUAGUGGCUGGCGAGUGGGAGGAGGUGGAGCGCUACCUCGCGGGCUUCACCAAGGUCGACGACAACCGCUACUCCAUGAAGAUCUUUUUUGAGAUCAGGAAGCAGAAAUACCUCGAAGCGCUGGACAAGCAAGAUCGAGCCAAGGCUGUGGAGAUCCUGGUGAAGGACCUCAAGGUGUUCGCAUCGUUUAACGAGGAGCUCUAUAAGGAGAUCACUCAACUACUGACCCUGGACAAUUUCCGCGAGAACGAGCAGCUGAGCAAGUACGGAGACACCAAGUCGGCGCGCAACAUCAUGCUGCUGGAGCUGAAGAAGCUCAUCGAGGCCAACCCGCUCUUCCGCGACAAGCUGCAGUUCCCCAACCUCAAGAACUCGCGCCUGCGCACGCUCAUCAACCAGAGUCUCAACUGGCAGCACCAGCUGUGCAAGAACCCGCGCCCCAACCCCGACAUCAAGACCCUCUUUGUGGACCACACCUGUGGCCCCGCGCCCAACGGCGGGCGCACACAGCCGCAGCAGCCUGCUCCGCCCAACUCGCUUCUCUCCGCCGUUCAACAGCAGCAGCAGCAACAGCAACAGCAGCAGCAACAGCAGCAGCAGCAGCAGCAGCCGCCUAAGGCCCAUCCGUUUCCCCUGGGACCGGUUGGCGUGGGCGUGGGCGUGGGCGGGCAUGCGCAGCCACUGCAGCCCUUCCAGCCUGGGGGACCAUCCGCCUCCGCCCUGGCGGGGUGGAUGGGCGGACAGCAGCCUGCAGCUGCGCCUCCCCCCCACGCCGUGGUGCCGCCCCCCCCUGCCAACCUGCCCCCAGGCCCCAACCCAGCUAUGUUGAAGCGGCCGCGCACGCCGCCAGGCAACCCAGUGGCAGUGGAGUAUCCGGGCACAGGGGACUCCGAUAUGGUGCUCAAGCGGCCCCGGGGCGGCAUGGACGAGGUCUACGGCCAAGUCCCGCCCAAUCAGCAGCCGCCACCUGUCCCAGGAGCAAUCCCAGGCCCGCCAGUACCAGCAAUAGGAGGCAACGUAGCAGGGGCAGGCCUAGGGAGUGCCGUAACUGCCGCCGCUGCCGCAGCAGCUGCUGCAGCGGCAGCAGCAGCAGCAGGGGGACAGGGGCCAGUGGCGCUAGGAGCAGGGGUUGGUUCAGGAGGCGGGUAUGCAGUGGAGGAUCUGCCCAAGACAAUUGCGAGGAACCUGAACCAGGGCUCGUGUGUGAUGACCAUGGACUUCCACCCGUACCAGCCCACACUGCUGCUCGUGGGCAGCAACACGGGGGACGUGGCGAUAUGGGAGGUGGGGUCACGAGAGAAGGUGGUGGACCGCCCGUUCAAGCUCUGGGACCCCCAGCAGUGCUCGCCGCAGUUCCAGACGCUAUGGAUGAAGGAUCAGACCAUCGCUGUGAAUCGCGUCAUCUGGGAGCCUAACGGGCAACUCUUUGGAGCGGCGUUCUCAAAGCACAUGGUGCACAUCUACACAUACCAGAACCCAAGCAGCAUGGGACAGCACCUCGAGAUCGACGCGCAUGUGGGUGGAGUGAACGACCUGGCCUUCUCUCACCCCAACAAGCAGCUCUGCAUCAUCACAUGCGGCGAUGAUAAGACCAUCAAGGUGUGGGAGGCGAGCAGUGGGCGCAAGCUGUACACAUUCGAGGGACAUGAGGCUCCCGUCUACUCCGUGUGCCCGCACCACAAGGAGAACAUUCAGUUCAUAUUCUCGACGGCCAUAGACGGCAAGAUCAAGGCGUGGCUGUACGACCACCUGGGGUCGAGAGUGGACUAUGAUGCCCCGGGCAAGUGGUGCAGCACCAUGGGGUACUCGGCUGAUGGCACGCGCCUCUUCUCCUGUGGCACGAGCAAGGAGGGCGAGACGUCACUGGUGGAGUGGAACGAGAGCGAGGGUGCCAUCAAGCGCAGCUACCUGGGUUUCCGCAAGCGCUCGCUGGGCGUCGUGCAGUUUGACACCACGCGCAACCGCUUCCUUGUCGCCGGUGACGAGUACCUGAUCAAGUUCUGGGACAUGGACAACACUGCCGUGCUCUGCACACUCGAUGCUGACGGUGGCCUGCCAGCGAGUCCGAGAGUGAGGUUCAACAGGGAGGGUUCUCUCUUGGCGGUGACGGCAGCGGACAACUCGGUGAAGAUCCUUGCCAACGACAUGGGCCUGCGCCUCCUGCGCAACCUCGAAGCCGCUGCUGCCACCGCUGCAGCCGCUGCUGCUGCCGCCGCAGCUGCUGCAGCCGCCCAGAGGCCUGUGGACACCAAGUGCAUCCCCUCUCUCUCCUUCCACCUCUCCACCCGUCCUGCUGCCCUCUUUUCCCUCAGUUCCCUUCCCCACUUAUUGGGGCCCCGUUCCCAUUCCCGAACCCUUUCCCUCCCCCAACCCUCCCUCCACGCCCCUGCUCUGCUCACAGCAGAGGCUGCGGGAAGAUUUAUCUGUAGUUGCUUUAAAAAAAAAUCCCCCUUCUCCUCCCCCAUCCUCCCUCUCCCCCAACCAACCCCCCUCUCCGCCAACCCCCCCUCCACGCCCCUGCUCUGCUCACAUCAGAGGCUGCAGGAGGACGGGCCAGACAAGAAGGGAUGGAAGCUUACUGAGUUCUCGGAGCCCUCACAGGUCCGGGCCGCCCGCCUGCCGGACAGUCUGCCGCCCAGCAAGGUGCUGCGUUUGAUCUACACCAAUUCAGGUGUGGCACUGCUGGCGCUCUCUGCCAAUGCCGUGCACAAGCUGUGGAAGUGGCAGCGCUCCGACCGCAACACCAAAGGACUGGCCACUGCGAGCUCUGUCCCGCAGCUGUGGCAGCCGGCGAGCGGCAUCAUGAUGACGAACGACAUGGGCGAUGUGAGCUCGGAUGACCGGGAGGGAGCGCACCCGGUGGCGUGCAUAGCGCUGUCCAAGAACGACUCGUAUGUUAUGUCCGCCUCGGGGGGCAAGGUCUCGCUCUUCAACAUGCUCACCUUCAAGGUGAUGACGACGUUCAUGGCGCCGCCCCCAGCAGCCACCUUCCUGGCGUUCCACCCACAGGACAACAACAUAAUCGCCAUCGGCAUGGACGAUGCCACCAUCCAGAUCUACAACGUCCGGCUUGACGAGGUGAAGAGCAAGCUGAAGGGGCACAGCAAGCGCAUCACAGGGCUUGCCUUCUCCAACGCCCUCAACAGCCUCGUGUCCUCUGGGGCUGACUCGCAGCUGUUCCUCUGGAGCACAGACGGGUGGGAAAGGCGGAAAUCGCGCCCGCUGGCUCUCCCGUCGCGCUCGUCGCCGACGCAGCAGGCGGACACGCGGGUGCAGUUCCACAACGACCAGCAGCGCCUGCUGGUGGUGCACGAGUCGCAGCUCGCCAUCUACGACGCCGCCAAGCUCGACCGCCUGCGCCAGUGGCUGCCCCGCGACCUCGGCCCGCUCUCCGCGCCCAUCACUGCCGCUGCGUAUUCGUGUGACUCCUCGCUCGUGCUUGCUGCAUUCGCGGAUGCGACUGUGUGUGUGUUUGACGGGGAUAGUCUUCGGCCGCGGUGCCGCGUUGCUCCUUCGGCGUAUGCGCCGUCUGUCGGACCGGGUCUUGUGGUGCCAAUGGUGGUCGCAGCUCACCCGCAAGAUCCUAACCAGUUCGCUUUGGGUCUGAGUGACGGUUCAGUGCAUGUGCUAGAGCCUUCUGAUCCUGAUGGCAAGUGGGGCCCACCCCUGCCUGCUGAAAAUGGUUCUGGGGCGGGUGCUAUGUCGACAGGUGGGGGAAGUGGAGGUGUGGACCGAUAG